UUUUCCUGCAGGUGGUGGUGUGUAGCAGACUCUUCCACGUAGCUCCCAAACUAUUGUAGGACAGCUUCCAUAAGAGCUGGUGUCCGGCACUGGCUCUUAUGCAAAGUUAAUGUUUUUUGGUAAAAGGAGGGACGGGGUGCGAGCUUUGCAGUGAGGAGGAAACCCGGAACUUCCAGCCCAAAAGCAGCCGCACAAUGGCACCGUCCCUCAUACAAUGUUGCCGCAGUCUGGCUCUCUCGACGUGGCUGCUGUCGUUUUGCUUCGUUCAUUUGCUGUGCUUGGACUUUACGGUUGCAGAGAAAGAGGAAUGGUACACCGCUUUUGUAAACAUUACCUAUUUGGACCCCGUCACUUCGGAGGUCAAGACGGAGAAAACCGAGUGCGGAAGGUAUGGUGAGCAGUCGCCCAAGAAAGAAGCCAGAGGUCUGGUCCUGGUGCCGUACAGCCUGCAGGACAGGCAGGCGUGCGACCCCAACCUCAGGUUCCCACCUAUCCCCGCAAACACCGCCUGGGUGGCUCUGGUGUCUGCUGGGAACUGUUCAUACCGAGAGAAGAUCCGUAACGUUGCAAACUACAACGCCUCUGCAGUUGUCAUUUACAAUGUGGGCUCCAGCAAUGCCAACGACACCAUAACAAUGCCCCAUCCAGGUACAGGUGAAGUUGUGGCCAUCAUGAUCCCAGAGCCUAAAGGCCGUGAGAUUGCGGCCUUGCUGGAGCAGCAAAUCAGGGUCACACUGUCCAUCUCCAUAGGAACCCGCAACCUGCACAAGUAUGUGAGCAGAACGUCGGUCGUGUUUGUCUCCAUCUCCUUCAUCGUGCUCAUGAUCAUCUCUCUCGCCUGGCUCGUCUUCUACUACAUCCAGAGGUUCCGCUACGCUAACGCACGAGACCGCAACCAGAGACGUUUGGGAGAUGCUGCCAAAAAGGCCAUCAGUAAGCUGCAAGUACGCACCAUAAAGAAAGGAGACAAGGAGACUGAGUCAGACUUCGACAACUGUGCAGUUUGCAUUGAAGGUUAUAAGCCUAACGAUGUUGUGCGGGUAUUACCAUGCAGGCAUGUCUUCCAUAAGCACUGUGUAGACCCUUGGCUGCAAGACCACCGGACGUGUCCCAUGUGUAAAAUGAACAUCCUUAAAGCCUUGGGAAUCCUGCUCAACGCAGACUGCACAGAUGACGUUCCUCCAGACUAUGAGACAUCUGUCGGGGGUCCACCCACCAACGCCAUCAGCGGGGAGAGUGAGAUCACGAUUAACGAGAGCUCGGUGGUUCUGGAUCCAGCCGACAGAGGGAUCGACCUUCAGCAGUUCCACCCUGAUGAAGACACAGAGCCUCAGGCAGCGGAAAGCCACAUCAUCUACGCCGGUGGGCACCAGCCUUCUACCAGCAGUGACUCAGACUCGUCUUUCACGACAGGCUUGGAAAUAGGCAUGUCUGAAGUACACCUGUCCACGGAGCAGGAAUGUGAGCUGGCCAAAUCCUGAAAAAUGCACAAAUCACCAGGAAAAGGAGAACGAAAGCAGGACAAAGUGACCAUGGGCCUGUCAGAUUCGCCACUUCUUUGGCCCCCAGGAGAAAGUGACUCCUCAUUAGUUGAGCCCUACAAAAUAGCAGCACAAAACCACCCAUUUCUGUCUUUAAAGAGCGUGAGAAACCAAUAUUUGUCCCUGCAUCUGUGGACGUGUUGCUUGCUAAUUUUCUAGCAGUAACCACUCAAUGUUUUGUUCGUUUGACUGCCAUGACGACCAGACAGCCAAUCACAGCUCUCCUAUUGUGGUGGCCCAAUGUUUGUCUCAUUUACACAUCCUUAAAACAAGAAUCUCAAAUACACUUACAACAAGUGCUGAUAUUUUGAACCUCAGUACGGAAUUGAACAGUACUGAGAAGUUCAAAUUCAUUCCUUCAACCUAAACCUGGCUACUUAAUGCAAGAUAGCAGCUUUAAUUAUUGUAAGAAUUGGGUGCAGAUUUUUUGAUUUCUUGGUAUGAGAUCACUGCCAAAAGUAAGUUCUACUGAUGUAAUCAAUGCGGAGCACAUAGGGGCUAAUUUAUUCCCUAACAUCCAGUGUGAUUUUCCACCAGAUUUCCACCACAGACUUGGGUACACGAUUUCACCCUUAAAGCAUAGGCCUUUAAGUUCAUUCGUCAUUGGAAAUUUCAGAAAUUGGAAUAUGUAAGCACAAGCUGUAAUUUCUAAACUGUUUCUGUUUCUCUUUUUGUAAGACUUUCAUUUAUAAUUCCUAUUUAACCAACUGAAUAUCCAUGCUGUUGAGAGGAAAUUAAAAAACACAUGGUAGAUGUUUCUGUCCUCACAUAUGACAAUCGUAGCUUGCCACAAGCAGUUUGAAGUGAUGUCAUCCACUGCCCUACUGAAACUGCUGCUGAUUCACACGUUAUAACAACACAUGGCGCCGGUGAUGUCUCCCUGCUGUCUGUCAGGAGGGAAACUGUGUUCACACACUGCUGCUAAAUACAGCUGGCAAUACUGUUGUCACUACAAAACUCCUGGCAGUGUGCUGAUAUUUUAGACAAACUUCCUACACUUGUAAAACCAGCCAAUAUAAAUAUGUCAACAAGUCUUUGUGCCAAGAUUAUAGUAAGUUGUUGGUAUUUCCCUGGCUGUUAAACAGAUUGGAAUAGCAUCAUGAUAUGAAACUUAAGAAACAACUUAAUAACUUCUGUGAGUUAAAGGAGAGACUGUUUUGGUAAAAAGGAGGAAGCUAUGCAUUGCCCAUCAGAUAUAAAAUGCAUUUGGGUGCAUGUUCAGGGUUUUCAUUUAUAAAUGUAAAGCUCCAAGCAUGGGAUUGUUUAUGGCAUGAAUAGAUAACAGCAUGAUGCAAAUGUAUGCAGCUGUGGAAUAACUGAGAGGUUUAGUUUGGAGAAAGUCCACAGUAUACCGGCUAAUUCUGCAGCCCCAGCAAAGAUCUCAACUCAAAACCUCCUGAUUAGGAAAACGGUCAGCACAAGGAAACUGCAUCACACUGCAGAACCUCAGUUGGUUAAACUCCUGCUUUGUACUGUGAGUUGUAUACAUCAAAAAACAGGUUAAUGCGUACGGACAUGGUAUUUGUUAUAUUGAGAUAUAAAAGAAGUAGCUUGUAUUGACAAACCUGCAGAGAAUUGAAUCUGCAGGCAAACACCAGCUCAGUGUGGACAGUGGGCCAAAACAUUGAAAGAUUUAAAUGUUGCUGUGGAUGUAGACUUUAACUCCUAUGGCUCUGGGAACUGUUACUUCACACUCAUCUUAUACAGUUUGUGGUAAUAUUCAUUUUCCUACUAUUGCUUUUGUUGUUCUGUAGUCAUCUGUAUAUCACCUUCUUAGUAUUCAGUAAUUGAACAAGGUCAGUAGGAUCUAACACUUUGUUGGAUCUGUUUCCUCUCACAUUCCUGGACUCUGAAAAGCACAGACUUGUAUGACUGAGUCCGUGUAGCCAGUGGAAUUUAACGUUGUUUUUUUACUUCAAGUCAUUGUUUCCAUUACUGUAUGUCCUGUAGCCACCUGGGAAACUGUUACAUAACAAGCACAUGUCCAGAUCCCCUGUUUGAAGGAUUAUUGAAUGUACGGCCAAAUGUUGAAGUGCUCCAUGAAGGCUUUCUUUUUGAUGGGUGCAAAUUUAAAUUCACAUUCUUGAUUCCUUUAAAUGUUUUGUUAGAUGCUCAUAGACAGGUAUUCCUAGAUAAGUAAGAGGUUGAAAUAUGUUGUUUCUUACAGCAGUGAUUCACUGUGAUGUACUGCGUGCAAGAAGAGUUUAUGAAUGUACACUUUCAUACCCUAUCUUAUAAACAAUGUGGUUGGUUUGACAGUAAGCCCUUUUUAUGUUUGGAUAUACAUAUUUUGCUUUGAGGAUAUGAAGGAGGUGGAUGGUUAUGAUUCUUUUCAGCACGUUACAGAUACAGAUGUUUAAGUCUCAGCCGGCCUAAUCUGGACCUCUUAAGCCUCUGUAUUUCACUUCAGCUCUCAUGGAUAAUGAGACAGCACAAUACACAAGAUUACACAGGAGCACUUGCAGAUAUCUGUUGUCCUCCUUGUUUUGCUUUUCCCUUUGAAUUUCUUUUGACAGGUUGUCUUUGUUUUAUGAUUACACACAUACACUCUCCGCAACAAGAUAAAGUCGUGCACACCGUCUCAGUGACAGAUCUCUGGACUCUGUCUCUACUUCCUACAGAGUGAAUUUGUCUGACGAUACAUCUUUUUACAGAGAAAUUUAAAGAUUGUAUAAAGAAAACUAUAAGGUAAUCACUCAUUUUUGUCUGAUAUCUGUGUGUCAAAAACAGCUCUCUUGUAGGUAUAAAUAUAAUUCAAAUGAUUUGUAAAAUACAAAAGACAUAGCUCCAUGUAACGUACCUAUGUAAUGGCAUUCUUGUUACCUGAAAAGAACUAUUGGAUUUGGUGCUAAUUUGGAGGAUUUUUUUGAAAGCUCAGUUCAACCUAAAUGUAUGAAUAUUUAUACAUUAUUUGUGUUACUUUAUUCUCCCUAAUUGUUCAUUUGUAUUUAUUAAUUGCGUUUGUUUAUCUGACUAUAUUUUAGGGACUAUAGUCAGAGUUUUCCUGAAAAAAGGCACCCUGAAAAUGUAAUACAAAAUGUAUAACAUAUUGAUAUGCAGAAACCAUUACACAAGGAAGUUUGGGACAAUAAAUACUAGAUGGCUAAGAAAAAAGUAA